AUGCAGAGCAAACACCGCUACAAAGAAUCACUAUCAGGAUCUGGUUGUCCGAUAUGGCCUGGAGAUUUUGAGUUACUAUAUAAGUAUGAAACAUAUAAUAACAGCUACACAGAAUCACUAUCAGGAUCUGGUUGUCCGAUAUGGCCUGGAGAUUUUGAGUUACUAUAUAAGUAUGAAACAUAUAAUAACAGCUACAAAGAAUCACUAUCAGGAUCUGGUUGUCCGAUAUGGCCUGGAGAUUUUGAUUUACUAUAUAAGUAUGAAACAUAUAAUAACAGCUACAAAGAAUCACUAUCAGGAUCUGGUUGUCCGAUAUGGCCUGGAGAUUUUGAGUUACUAUAUAAGUAUGAAACAUAUAAUAACAGCUACAAAGAAUCACUAUCAGGAUCUGGUUGUCCGAUAUGGCCUGGAGAUUUUGAGUUACUAUAUAAGUAUGAAACAUAUAAUAACAGCUACAAAGAAUCACUAUCAGGAUCUGGUUGUCCGAUAUGGCCUGGAGAUUUUGAUUUACUAUAUAAGUAUGAAACAUAUAAUAACAGCUACAAAGAAUCACUAUCAGGAUCUGGUUGUCCGAUAUGGCCUGGAGAUUUUGAGUUACUAUAUAAGUAUGAAACAUAUAAUAACAGCUACAAAGAAUCACUAUCAGGAUCUGGUUGUCCGAUAUGGCCUGGAGAUUUUGAGUUACUAUAUAAGUAUGAAACAUAUAAUAACAGCUACAAAGAAUCACUAUCAGGAUCUGGUUGUCCGAUAUGGCCUGGAGAUUUUGAGUUACUAUAUAAGUAUGAAACAUAUAAUAACAGCUACAAAGAAUCACUAUCAGGAUCUGGUUGUCCGAUAUGGCCUGGAGAUUUUGAGUUACUAUAUAAGUAUGAAACAUAUAAUAACAGCUACAAAGAAUCACUAUCAGGAUCUGGUUGUCCGAUAUGGCCUGGAGAUUUUGAGUUACUAUAUAACUACAAAGAAUCACUAUCAGGAUCUGGUUGUCCGAUAUGGCCUGGAGAUUUUGAUUUACUAUAUAAGUAUGAAACAUAUAAUAACAGCUACAAAGAAUCACUAUCAGGAUCUGGUUGUCCGAUAUGGCCUGGAGAUUUUGAGUUACUAUAUAAGUAUGAAACAUAUAAUAACAGCUACACAGAAUCACUAUCAGGAUCUGGUUGUCCGAUAUGGCCUGGAGAUUUUGAGUUACUAUAUAAGUAUGAAACAUAUAAUAACAGCUACAAAGAAUCACUAUCAGGAUCUGGUUGUCCGAUAUGGCCUGGAGAUUUUGAGUUACUAUAUAAGUAUGAAACAUAUAAUAACAGCUACAAAGAAUCACUAUCAGGAUCUGGUUGUCCGAUAUGGCCUGGAGAUUUUGAGUUACUAUAUAAGUAUGAAACAUAUAAUAACAGCUACAAAGAAUCACUAUCAGGAUCUGGUUGUCCGAUAUGGCCUGGAGAUUUUGAGUUACUAUAUAAGUAUGAAACAUAUAAUAACAGCUACAAAGAAUCACUAUCAGGAUCUGGUUGUCCGAUAUGGCCUGGAGAUUUUGAGUUACUAUAUAAGUAUGAAACAUAUAAUAACAGCUACAAAGAAUCACUAUCAGGAUCUGGUUGUCCGAUAUGGCCUGGAGAUUUUGAGUUACUAUAUAAGUAUGAAACAUAUAAUAACAGCUACAAAGAAUCACUAUCAGGAUCUGGUUGUCCGAUAUGGCCUGGAGAUUUUGAGUUACUAUAUAAGUAUGAAACAUAUAAUAACAGCUACAAAGAAUCACUAUCAGGAUCUGGUUGUCCGAUAUGGCCUGGAGAUUUUGAGUUACUAUAUAAGUAUGAAACAUAUAAUAACAGCUACAAAGAAUCACUAUCAGGAUCUGGUUGUCCGAUAUGGCCUGGAGAUUUUGAGUUACUAUAUAAGUAUGAAACAUAUAAUAACAGCUACAAAGAAUCACUAUCAGGAUCUGGUUGUCCGAUAUGGCCUGGAGAUUUUGAGUUACUAUAUAAGUAUGAAACAUAUAAUAACAGCUACAAAGAAUCACUAUCAGGAUCUGGUUGUCCGAUAUGGCCUGGAGAUUUUGAGUUACUAUAUAAGUAUGAAACAUAUAAUAACAGCUACAAAGAAUCACUAUCAGGAUCUGGUUGUCCGAUAUGGCCUGGAGAUUUUGAGUUACUAUAUAAGUAUGAAACAUAUAAUAACAGCUACAAAGAAUCACUAUCAGGAUCUGGUUGUCCGAUAUGGCCUGGAGAUUUUGAGUUACUAUAUAAGUAUGAAACAUAUAAUAACAGCUACAAAGAAUCACUAUCAGGAUCUGGUUGUCCGAUAUGGCCUGGAGAUUUUGAGUUACUAUAUAAGUAUGAAACAUAUAAUAACAGCUACAAAGAAUCACUAUCAGGAUCUGGUUGUCCGAUAUGGCCUGGAGAUUUUGAGUUACUAUAUAAGUAUGAAACAUAUAAUAACAGCUACAAAGAAUCACUAUCAGGAUCUGGUUGUCCGAUAUGGCCUGGAGAUUUUGAGUUACUAUAUAAGUAUGAAACAUAUAAUAACAGCUACAAAGAAUCACUAUCAGGAUCUGGUUGUCCGAUAUGGCCUGGAGAUUUUGAGUUACUAUAUAAGUAUGAAACAUAUAAUAACAGCUACAAAGAAUCACUAUCAGGAACUGGUUGUCCGAUAUGGCCUGGAGAUUUUGAGUUACUAUAUAAGUAUGAAACAUAUAAUAACAGCUACAAAGAAUCACUAUCAGGAUCUGGUUGUCCGAUAUGGCCUGGAGAUUUUGAGUUACUAUAUAAGUAUGAAACAUAUAAUAAUAGCUACAAAGAAUCACUAUCAGGAUCUGGUUGUCCGAUAUGGCCUGGAGAUUUUGAGUUACUAUAUAAGUAUGAAACAUAUAAUAACAGCUACAAAGAAUCACUAUCAGGAUCUGGUUGUCCGAUAUGGCCUGGAGAUUUUGAGUUACUAUAUAAGUAUGAAACAUAUAAUAACAGCUACAAAGAAUCACUAUCAGGAUCUGGUUGUCCGAUAUGGCCUGGAGAUUUUGAGUUACUAUAUAAGUAUGAAACAUAUAAUAACAGCUACAAAGAAUCACUAUCAGGAUCUGGUUGUCCGAUAUGGCCUGGAGAUUUUGAGUUACUAUAUAAGUAUGAAACAUAUAAUAACAGCUACAAAGAAUCACUAUCAGGAUCUGGUUGUCCGAUAUGGCCUGGAGAUUUUGAGUUACUAUAUAAGUAUGAAACAUAUAAUAACAGCUACAAAGAAUCACUAUCAGGAUCUGGUUGUCCGAUAUGGCCUGGAGAUUUUGAGUUACUAUAUAAGUAUGAAACAUAUAAUAACAGCUACAAAGAAUCACUAUCAGGAUCUGGUUGUCCGAUAUGGCCUGGAGAUUUUGAGUUACUAUAUAAGUAUGAAACAUAUAAUAACAGCUACAAAGAAUCACUAUCAGGAUCUGGUUGUCCGAUAUGGCCUGGAGAUUUUGAGUUACUAUAUAAGUAUGAAACAUAUAAUAACAGCUACAAAGAAUCACUAUCAGGAUCUGGUUGUCCGAUAUGGCCUGGAGAUUUUGAGUUACUAUAUAAGUAUGAAACAUAUAAUAACAGCUACAAAGAAUCACUAUCAGGAUCUGGUUGUCCGAUAUGGCCUGGAGAUUUUGAGUUACUAUAUAAGUAUGAAACAUAUAAUAACAGCUACAAAGAAUCACUAUCAGGAUCUGGUUGUCCGAUGUGGCCUGGAGAUUUUGAGUUACUAUAUAAGUAUGAAACAUAUAAUAACAGCUACAAAGAAUCACUAUCAGGAUCUGGUUGUCCGAUAUGGCCUGGAGAUUUUGAGUUACUAUAUAAGUAUGAAACAUAUAAUAACAGCUACAAAGAAUCACUAUCAGGAUCUGGUUGUCCGAUAUGGCCUGGAGAUUUUGAUUUACUAUAUAACUACAAAGAAUCACUAUCAGGAUCUGGUUGUCCGAUAUGGCCUGGAGAUUUUGAGUUACUAUAUAAGUAUGAAACAUAUAAUAACAGCUACAAAGAAUCACUAUCAGGAUCUGGUUGUCCGAUAUGGCCUGGAGAUUUUGAGUUACUAUAUAAGUAUGAAACAUAUAAUAACAGCUACAAAGAAUCACUAUCAGGAUCUGGUUGUCCGAUAUGGCCUGGAGAUUUUGAGUUACUAUAUAAGUAUGAAACAUAUAAUAACAGCUACAAAGAAUCACUAUCAGGAUCUGGUUGUCCGAUAUGGCCUGGAGAUUUUGAGUUACUAUAUAACUACAAAGAAUCACUAUCAGGAUCUGGUUGUCCGAUAUGGCCUGGAGAUUUUGAGUUACUAUAUAAGUAUGAAACAUAUAAUAACAGCUACAAAGAAUCACUAUCAGGAUCUGGUUGUCCGAUAUGGCCUGGAGAUUUUGAGUUACUAUAUAAGUAUGAAACAUAUAAUAACAGCUACAAAGAAUCACUAUCAGGAACUGGUUGUCCGAUAUGGCCUGGAGAUUUUGAGUUACUAUAUAAGUAUGAAACAUAUAAUAACAGCUACAAAGAAUCACUAUCAGGAUCUGGUUGUCCGAUAUGGCCUGGAGAUUUUGAGUUACUAUAUAAGUAUGAAACAUAUAAUAAUAGCUACAAAGAAUCACUAUCAGGAUCUGGUUGUCCGAUAUGGCCUGGAGAUUUUGAGUUACUAUAUAACUACAAAGAAUCACUAUCAGGAUCUGGUUGUCCGAUAUGGCCUGGAGAUUUUGAUUUACUAUAUAAGUAUGAAACAUAUAAUAACAGCUACAAAGAAUCACUAUCAGGAUCUGGUUGUCCGAUAUGGCCUGGAGAUUUUGAGUUACUAUAUAAGUAUGAAACAUAUAAUAACAGCUACAAAGAAUCACUAUCAGGAUCUGGUUGUCCGAUAUGGCCUGGAGAUUUUGAGUUACUAUAUAAGUAUGAAACAUAUAAUAACAGCUACAAAGAAUCACUAUCAGGAUCUGGUUGUCCGAUAUGGCCUGGAGAUUUUGAGUUACUAUAUAAGUAUGAAACAUAUAAUAACAGCUACAAAGAAUCACUAUCAGGAUCUGGUUGUCCGAUAUGGCCUGGAGAUUUUGAGUUACUAUAUAAGUAUGAAACAUAUAAUAACAGCUACAAAGAAUCACUAUCAGGAUCUGGUUGUCCGAUAUGGCCUGGAGAUUUUGAGUUACUAUAUAAGUAUGAAACAUAUAAUAACAGCUACAAAGAAUCACUAUCAGGAUCUGGUUGUCCGAUAUGGCCUGGAGAUUUUGAGUUACUAUAUAAGUAUGAAACAUAUAAUAACAGCUACAAAGAAUCACUAUCAGGAUCUGGUUGUCCGAUAUGGCCUGGAGAUUUUGAGUUACUAUAUAAGUAUGAAACAUAUAAUAACAGCUACAAAGAAUCACUAUCAGGAUCUGGUUGUCCGAUAUGGCCUGGAGAUUUUGAGUUACUAUAUAAGUAUGAAACAUAUAAUAACAGCUACAAAGAAUCACUAUCAGGAUCUGGUUGUCCGAUAUGGCCUGGAGAUUUUGAGUUACUAUAUAAGUAUGAAACAUAUAAUAACAGCUACAAAGAAUCACUAUCAGGAUCUGGUUGUCCGAUGUGGCCUGGAGAUUUUGAGUUACUAUAUAAGUAUGAAACAUAUAAUAACAGCUACAAAGAAUCACUAUCAGGAUCUGGUUGUCCGAUAUGGCCUGGAGAUUUUGAGUUACUAUAUAAGUAUGAAACAUAUAAUAACAGCUACAAAGAAUCACUAUCAGGAUCUGGUUGUCCGAUAUGGCCUGGAGAUUUUGAUUUACUAUAUAACUACAAAGAAUCACUAUCAGGAUCUGGUUGUCCGAUAUGGCCUGGAGAUUUUGAGUUACUAUAUAAGUAUGAAACAUAUAAUAACAGCUACAAAGAAUCACUAUCAGGAUCUGGUUGUCCGAUAUGGCCUGGAGAUUUUGAGUUACUAUAUAAGUAUGAAACAUAUAAUAACAGCUACAAAGAAUCACUAUCAGGAUCUGGUUGUCCGAUAUGGCCUGGAGAUUUUGAGUUACUAUAUAAGUAUGAAACAUAUAAUAACAGCUACAAAGAAUCACUAUCAGGAUCUGGUUGUCCGAUAUGGCCUGGAGAUUUUGAGUUACUAUAUAAGUAUGAAACAUAUAAUAACAGCUACAAAGAAUCACUAUCAGGAACUGGUUGUCCGAUAUGGCCUGGAGAUUUUGAGUUACUAUAUAAGUAUGAAACAUAUAAUAACAGCUACAAAGAAUCACUAUCAGGAUCUGGUUGUCCGAUAUGGCCUGGAGAUUUUGAGUUACUAUAUAAGUAUGAAACAUAUAAUAACAGCUACAAAGAAUCACUAUCAGGAUCUGGUUGUCCGAUAUGGCCUGGAGAUUUUGAGUUACUAUAUAAGUAUGAAACAUAUAAUAACAGCUACAAAGAAUCACUAUCAGGAACUGGUUGUCCGAUAUGGCCUGGAGAUUUUGAGUUACUAUAUAAGUAUGAAACAUAUAAUAACAGCUACAAAGAAUCACUAUCAGGAUCUGGUUGUCCGAUAUGGCCUGGAGAUUUUGAGUUACUAUAUAAGUAUGAAACAUAUAAUAAUAGCUACAAAGAAUCACUAUCAGGAUCUGGUUGUCCGAUAUGGCCUGGAGAUUUUGAGUUACUAUAUAAGUAUGAAACAUAUAAUAACAGCUACAAAGAAUCACUAUCAGGAUCUGGUUGUCCGAUAUGGCCUGGAGAUUUUGAGUUACUAUAUAAGUAUGAAACAUAUAAUAACAGCUACAAAGAAUCACUAUCAGGAUCUGGUUGUCCGAUAUGGCCUGGAGAUUUUGAGUUACUAUAUAACUACAAAGAAUCACUAUCAGGAUCUGGUUGUCCGAUAUGGCCUGGAGAUUUUGAGUUACUAUAUAAGUAUGAAACAUAUAAUAACAGCUACAAAGAAUCACUAUCAGGAUCUGGUUGUCCGAUAUGGCCUGGAGAUUUUGAGUUACUAUAUAAGUAUGAAACAUAUAAUAACAGCUACAAAGAAUCACUAUCAGGAUCUGGUUGUCCGAUAUGGCCUGGAGAUUUUGAGUUACUAUAUAAGUAUGAAACAUAUAAUAACAGCUACAAAGAAUCACUAUCAGGAUCUGGUUGUCCGAUAUGGCCUGGAGAUUUUGAGUUACUAUAUAAGUAUGAAACAUAUAAUAACAGCUACAAAGAAUCACUAUCAGGAUCUGGUUGUCCGAUAUGGCCUGGAGAUUUUGAGUUACUAUAUAAGUAUGAAACAUAUAAUAACAGCUACAAAGAAUCACUAUCAGGAUCUGGUUGUCCGAUGUGGCCUGGAGAUUUUGAGUUACUAUAUAAGUAUGAAACAUAUAAUAACAGCUACAAAGAAUCACUAUCAGGAUCUGGUUGUCCGAUGUGGCCUGGAGAUUUUGAGUUACUAUAUAAGUAUGAAACAUAUAAUAACAGCUACAAAGAAUCACUAUCAGGAUCUGGUUGUCCGAUAUGGCCUGGAGAUUUUGAGUUACUAUAUAAGUAUGAAACAUAUAAUAACAGCUACAAAGAAUCACUAUCAGGAUCUGGUUGUCCGAUAUGGCCUGGAGAUUUUGAGUUACUAUAUAAGUAUGAAACAUAUAAUAACAGCUACAAAGAAUCACUAUCAGGAUCUGGUUGUCCGAUAUGGCCUGGAGAUUUUGAGUUACUAUAUAAGUAUGAAACAUAUAAUAACAGCUACAAAGAAUCACUAUCAGGAUCUGGUUGUCCGAUAUGGCCUGGAGAUUUUGAGUUACUAUAUAAGUAUGAAACAUAUAAUAACAGCUACAAAGAAUCACUAUCAGGAUCUGGUUGUCCGAUAUGGCCUGGAGAUUUUGAGUUACUAUAUAAGUAUGAAACAUAUAAUAACAGCUACAAAGAAUCACUAUCAGGAUCUGGUUGUCCGAUAUGGCCUGGAGAUUUUGAGUUACUAUAUAAGUAUGAAACAUAUAAUAACAGCUACAAAGAAUCACUAUCAGGAUCUGGUUGUCCGAUAUGGCCUGGAGAUUUUGAGUUACUAUAUAAGUAUGAAACAUAUAAUAACAGCUACAAAGAAUCACUAUCAGGAUCUGGUUGUCCGAUAUGGCCUGGAGAUUUUGAGUUACUAUAUAAGUAUGAAACAUAUAAUAACAGCUACAAAGAAUCACUAUCAGGAUCUGGUUGUCCGAUAUGGCCUGGAGAUUUUGAGUUACUAUAUAAGUAUGAAACAUAUAAUAACAGCUACAAAGAAUCACUAUCAGGAUCUGGUUGUCCGAUGUGGCCUGGAGAUUUUGAGUUACUAUAUAAGUAUGAAACAUAUAAUAACAGCUACAAAGAAUCACUAUCAGGAUCUGGUUGUCCGAUAUGGCCUGGAGAUUUUGAGUUACUAUAUAAGUAUGAAACAUAUAAUAACAGCUACAAAGAAUCACUAUCAGGAUCUGGUUGUCCGAUAUGGCCUGGAGAUUUUGAGUUACUAUAUAAGUAUGAAACAUAUAAUAACAGCUACAAAGAAUCACUAUCAGGAUCUGGUUGUCCGAUAUGGCCUGGAGAUUUUGAGUUACUAUAUAAGUAUGAAACAUAUAAUAACAGCUACAAAGAAUCACUAUCAGGAUCUGGUUGUCCGAUAUGGCCUGGAGAUUUUGAGUUACUAUAUAAGUAUGAAACAUAUAAUAACAGCUACAAAGAAUCACUAUCAGGAUCUGGUUGUCCGAUAUGGCCUGGAGAUUUUGAGUUACUAUAUAAGUAUGAAACAUAUAAUAACAGCUACAAAGAAUCACUAUCAGGAUCUGGUUGUCCGAUAUGGCCUGGAGAUUUUGAGUUACUAUAUAAGUAUGAAACAUAUAAUAACAGCUACAAAGAAUCACUAUCAGGAUCUGGUUGUCCGAUAUGGCCUGGAGAUUUUGAGUUACUAUAUAAGUAUGAAACAUAUAAUAACAGCUACAAAGAAUCACUAUCAGGAUCUGGUUGUCCGAUAUGGCCUGGAGAUUUUGAGUUACUAUAUAAGUAUGAAACAUAUAAUAACAGCUACAAAGAAUCACUAUCAGGAUCUGGUUGUCCGAUGUGGCCUGGAGAUUUUGAGUUACUAUAUAAGUAUGAAACAUAUAAUAACAGCUACAAAGAAUCACUAUCAGGAUCUGGUUGUCCGAUGUGGCCUGGAGAUUUUGAGUUACUAUAUAAGUAUGAAACAUAUAAUAACAGCUACAAAGAAUCACUAUCAGGAUCUGGUUGUCCGAUGUGGCCUGGAGAUUUUGAGUUACUAUAUAAGUAUGAAACAUAUAAUAACAGCUACAAAGAAUCACUAUCAGGAUCUGGUUGUCCGAUAUGGCCUGGAGAUUUUGAGUUACUAUAUAAGUAUGAAACAUAUAAUAACAGCUACAAAGAAUCACUAUCAGGAUCUGGUUGUCCGAUAUGGCCUGGAGAUUUUGAGUUACUAUAUAAGUAUGAAACAUAUAAUAACAGCUACAAAGAAUCACUAUCAGGAUCUGGUUGUCCGAUAUGGCCUGGAGAUUUUGAGUUACUAUAUAAGUAUGAAACAUAUAAUAACAGCUACAAAGAAUCACUAUCAGGAUCUGGUUGUCCGAUAUGGCCUGGAGAUUUUGAGUUACUAUAUAAGUAUGAAACAUAUAAUAACAGCUACAAAGAAUCACUAUCAGGAUCUGGUUGUCCGAUAUGGCCUGGAGAUUUUGAGUUACUAUAUAAGUAUGAAACAUAUAAUAAUAGCUACAAAGAAUCACUAUCAGGAUCUGGUUGUCCGAUAUGGCCUGGAGAUUUUGAGUUACUAUAUAAGUAUGAAACAUAUAAUAACAGCUACAAAGAAUCACUAUCAGGAUCUGGUUGUCCGAUAUGGCCUGGAGAUUUUGAGUUACUAUAUAAGUAUGAAACAUAUAAUAACAGCUACAAAGAAUCACUAUCAGGAUCUGGUUGUCCGAUAUGGCCUGGAGAUUUUGAGUUACUAUAUAAGUAUGAAACAUAUAAUAACAGCUACAAAGGAUCACUAUCAGGAUCUGGUUGUCCGAUAUGGCCUGGAGAUUUUGAGUUACUAUAUAAGUAUGAAACAUAUAAUAACAGCUACAAAGGAUCACUAUCAGGAUCUGGUUGUCCGAUAUGGCCUGGAGAUUUUGAGUUACUAUAUAAGUAUGAAACAUAUAAUAACAGCUACAAAGAAUCACUAUCAGGAUCUGGUUGUCCGAUAUGGCCUGGAGAUUUUGAGUUACUAUAUAAGUAUGAAACAUAUAAUAACAGCUACAAAGGAUCACUAUCAGGAUCUGGUUGUCCGAUAUGGCCUGGAGAUUUUGAGUUACUAUAUAAGUAUGAAACAUAUAAUAACAGCUACAAAGGAUCACUAUCAGGAUCUGGUUGUCCGAUAUGGCCUGGAGAUUUUGAGUUACUAUAUAAGUAUGAAACAUAUAAUAACAGCUACAAAGGAUCACUAUCAGGAUCUGGUUGUCCGAUAUGGCCUGGAGAUUUUGAGUUACUAUAUAAGUAUGAAACAUAUAAUAACAGCUACAAAGGAUCACUAUCAGGAUCUGGUUGUCCGAUAUGGCCUGGAGAUUUUGAGUUACUAUAUAAGUAUGAAACAUAUAAUAACAGCUACAAAGAAUCACUAUCAGGAUCUGGUUGUCCGAUAUGGCCUGGAGAUUUUGAGUUACUAUAUAAGUAUGAAACAUAUAAUAACAGCUACAAAGAAUCACUAUCAGGAUCUGGUUGUCCGAUAUGGCCUGGAGAUUUUGAGUUACUAUAUAAGUAUGAAACAUAUAAUAACAGCUACAAAGAAUCACUAUCAGGAUCUGGUUGUCCGAUAUGGCCUGGAGAUUUUGAGUUACUAUAUAAGUAUGAAACAUAUAAUAACAGCUACACAGAAUCACUAUCAGGAUCUGGUUGUCCGAUAUGGCCUGGAGAUUUUGAGUUACUAUAUAAGUAUGAAACAUAUAAUAACAGCUACAAAGAAUCACUAUCAGGAUCUGGUUGUCCGAUAUGGCCUGGAGAUUUUGAUUUACUAUAUAAGUAUGAAACAUAUAAUAACAGCUACAAAGAAUCACUAUCAGGAUCUGGUUGUCCGAUAUGGCCUGGAGAUUUUGAGUUACUAUAUAAGUAUGAAACAUAUAAUAACAGCUACAAAGAAUCACUAUCAGGAUCUGGUUGUCCGAUAUGGCCUGGAGAUUUUGAUUUACUAUAUAAGUAUGAAACAUAUAAUAACAGCUACAAAGAAUCACUAUCAGGAUCUGGUUGUCCGAUAUGGCCUGGAGAUUUUGAGUUACUAUAUAAGUAUGAAACAUAUAAUAACAGCUACAAAGAAUCACUAUCAGGAUCUGGUUGUCCGAUAUGGCCUGGAGAUUUUGAGUUACUAUAUAAGUAUGAAACAUAUAAUAACAGCUACAAAGAAUCACUAUCAGGAUCUGGUUGUCCGAUAUGGCCUGGAGAUUUUGAGUUACUAUAUAAGUAUGAAACAUAUAAUAACAGCUACAAAGAAUCACUAUCAGGAUCUGGUUGUCCGAUAUGGCCUGGAGAUUUUGAGUUACUAUAUAAGUAUGAAACAUAUAAUAACAGCUACAAAGAAUCACUAUCAGGAUCUGGUUGUCCGAUAUGGCCUGGAGAUUUUGAGUUACUAUAUAAGUAUGAAACAUAUAAUAACAGCUACAAAGAAUCACUAUCAGGAUCUGGUUGUCCGAUAUGGCCUGGAGAUUUUGAGUUACUAUAUAAGUAUGAAACAUAUAAUAACAGCUACAAAGAAUCACUAUCAGGAUCUGGUUGUCCGAUAUGGCCUGGAGAUUUUGAGUUACUAUAUAAGUAUGAAACAUAUAAUAACAGCUACAAAGAAUCACUAUCAGGAUCUGGUUGUCCGAUAUGGCCUGGAGAUUUUGAGUUACUAUAUAAGUAUGAAACAUAUAAUAACAGCUACAAAGAAUCACUAUCAGGAUCUGGUUGUCCGAUAUGGCCUGGAGAUUUUGAGUUACUAUAUAAGUAUGAAACAUAUAAUAACAGCUACAAAGAAUCACUAUCAGGAUCUGGUUGUCCGAUAUGGCCUGGAGAUUUUGAGUUACUAUAUAAGUAUGAAACAUAUAAUAACAGCUACAAAGAAUCACUAUCAGGAUCUGGUUGUCCGAUAUGGCCUGGAGAUUUUGAGUUACUAUAUAAGUAUGAAACAUAUAAUAACAGCUACAAAGAAUCACUAUCAGGAUCUGGUUGUCCGAUAUGGCCUGGAGAUUUUGAGUUACUAUAUAAGUAUGAAACAUAUAAUAACAGCUACAAAGAAUCACUAUCAGGAUCUGGUUGUCCGAUAUGGCCUGGAGAUUUUGAGUUACUAUAUAAGUAUGAAACAUAUAAUAACAGCUACAAAGAAUCACUAUCAGGAUCUGGUUGUCCGAUAUGGCCUGGAGAUUUUGAGUUACUAUAUAAGUAUGAAACAUAUAAUAACAGCUACAAAGAAUCACUAUCAGGAUCUGGUUGUCCGAUAUGGCCUGGAGAUUUUGAGUUACUAUAUAAGUAUGAAACAUAUAAUAACAGCUACAAAGAAUCACUAUCAGGAUCUGGUUGUCCGAUAUGGCCUGGAGAUUUUGAGUUACUAUAUAAGUAUGAAACAUAUAAUAACAGCUACAAAGAAUCACUAUCAGGAUCUGGUUGUCCGAUAUGGCCUGGAGAUUUUGAGUUACUAUAUAAGUAUGAAACAUAUAAUAACAGCUACAAAGAAUCACUAUCAGGAUCUGGUUGUCCGAUAUGGCCUGGAGAUUUUGAGUUACUAUAUAAGUAUGAAACAUAUAAUAACAGCUACAAAGAAUCACUAUCAGGAUCUGGUUGUCCGAUAUGGCCUGGAGAUUUUGAGUUACUAUAUAAGUAUGAAACAUAUAAUAACAGCUACAAAGAAUCACUAUCAGGAUCUGGUUGUCCGAUAUGGCCUGGAGAUUUUGAGUUACUAUAUAAGUAUGAAACAUAUAAUAACAGCUACAAAGAAUCACUAUCAGGAUCUGGUUGUCCGAUAUGGCCUGGAGAUUUUGAGUUACUAUAUAAGUAUGAAACAUAUAAUAACAGCUACAAAGGAUCACUAUCAGGAUCUGGUUGUCCGAUAUGGCCUGGAGAUUUUGAGUUACUAUAUAAGUAUGAAACAUAUAAUAACAGCUACAAAGGAUCACUAUCAGGAUCUGGUUGUCCGAUAUGGCCUGGAGAUUUUGAGUUACUAUAUAAGUAUGAAACAUAUAAUAACAGCUACAAAGGAUCACUAUCAGGAUCUGGUUGUCCGAUAUGGCCUGGAGAUUUUGAGUUACUAUAUAAGUAUGAAACAUAUAAUAACAGCUACAAAGAAUCACUAUCAGGAUCUGGUUGUCCGAUAUGGCCUGGAGAUUUUGAGUUACUAUAUAAGUAUGAAACAUAUAAUAACAGCUACAAAGGAUCACUAUCAGGAUCUGGUUGUCCGAUAUGGCCUGGAGAUUUUGAGUUACUAUAUAAGUAUGAAACAUAUAAUAACAGCUACAAAGGAUCACUAUCAGGAUCUGGUUGUCCGAUAUGGCCUGGAGAUUUUGAGUUACUAUAUAAGUAUGAAACAUAUAAUAACAGCUACAAAGAAUCACUAUCAGGAUCUGGUUGUCCGAUAUGGCCUGGAGAUUUUGAGUUACUAUAUAAGUAUGAAACAUAUAAUAACAGCUACAAAGAAUCACUAUCAGGAUCUGGUUGUCCGAUAUGGCCUGGAGAUUUUGAGUUACUAUAUAAGUAUGAAACAUAUAAUAACAGCUACAAAGAAUCACUAUCAGGAUCUGGUUGUCCGAUAUGGCCUGGAGAUUUUGAGUUACUAUAUAAGUAUGAAACAUAUAAUAACAGCUACAAAGAAUCACUAUCAGGAUCUGGUUGUCCGAUAUGGCCUGGAGAUUUUGAGUUACUAUAUAAGUAUGAAACAUAUAAUAACAGCUACAAAGAAUCACUAUCAGGAUCUGGUUGUCCGAUAUGGCCUGGAGAUUUUGAGUUACUAUAUAAGUAUGAAACAUAUAAUAACAGCUACAAAGAAUCACUAUCAGGAUCUGGUUGUCCGAUAUGGCCUGGAGAUUUUGAGUUACUAUAUAAGUAUGAAACAUAUAAUAACAGCUACAAAGAAUCACUAUCAGGAUCUGGUUGUCCGAUAUGGCCUGGAGAUUUUGAGUUACUAUAUAAGUAUGAAACAUAUAAUAACAGCUACAAAGAAUCACUAUCAGGAUCUGGUUGUCCGAUAUGGCCUGGAGAUUUUGAGUUACUAUAUAAGUAUGAAACAUAUAAUAACAGCUACAAAGAAUCACUAUCAGGAUCUGGUUGUCCGAUAUGGCCUGGAGAUUUUGAGUUACUAUAUAAGUAUGAAACAUAUAAUAACAGCUACAAAGAAUCACUAUCAGGAUCUGGUUGUCCGAUAUGGCCUGGAGAUUUUGAGUUACUAUAUAAGUAUGAAACAUAUAAUAACAGCUACAAAGAAUCACUAUCAGGAUCUGGUUGUCCGAUAUGGCCUGGAGAUUUUGAGUUACUAUAUAAGUAUGAAACAUAUAAUAACAGCUACAAAGAAUCACUAUCAGGAUCUGGUUGUCCGAUAUGGCCUGGAGAUUUUGAGUUACUAUAUAAGUAUGAAACAUAUAAUAACAGCUACAAAGAAUCACUAUCAGGAUCUGGUUGUCCGAUAUGGCCUGGAGAUUUUGAGUUACUAUAUAAGUAUGAAACAUAUAAUAACAGCUACAAAGAAUCACUAUCAGGAUCUGGUUGUCCGAUAUGGCCUGGAGAUUUUGAGUUACUAUAUAAGUAUGAAACAUAUAAUAACAGCUACAAAGAAUCACUAUCAGGAUCUGGUUGUCCGAUAUGGCCUGGAGAUUUUGAGUUACUAUAUAAGUAUGAAACAUAUAAUAACAGCUACAAAGAAUCACUAUCAGGAUCUGGUUGUCCGAUAUGGCCUGGAGAUUUUGAGUUACUAUAUAAGUAUGAAACAUAUAAUAACAGCUACAAAGAAUCACUAUCAGGAUCUGGUUGUCCGAUAUGGCCUGGAGAUUUUGAGUUACUAUAUAAGUAUGAAACAUAUAAUAACAGCUACAAAGAAUCACUAUCAGGAUCUGGUUGUCCGAUAUGGCCUGGAGAUUUUGAGUUACUAUAUAAGUAUGAAACAUAUAAUAACAGCUACAAAGAAUCACUAUCAGGAUCUGGUUGUCCGAUAUGGCCUGGAGAUUUUGAGUUACUAUAUAAGUAUGAAACAUAUAAUAACAGCUACAAAGAAUCACUAUCAGGAUCUGGUUGUCCGAUAUGGCCUGGAGAUUUUGAGUUACUAUAUAAGUAUGAAACAUAUAAUAACAGCUACAAAGAAUCACUAUCAGGAUCUGGUUGUCCGAUAUGGCCUGGAGAUUUUGAGUUACUAUAUAAGUAUGAAACAUAUAAUAACAGCUACAAAGAAUCACUAUCAGGAUCUGGUUGUCCGAUAUGGCCUGGAGAUUUUGAGUUACUAUAUAAGUAUGAAACAUAUAAUAACAGCUACAAAGAAUCACUAUCAGGAUCUGGUUGUCCGAUAUGGCCUGGAGAUUUUGAGUUACUAUAUAAGUAUGAAACAUAUAAUAACAGCUACAAAGAAUCACUAUCAGGAUCUGGUUGUCCGAUAUGGCCUGGAGAUUUUGAGUUACUAUAUAAGUAUGAAACAUAUAAUAACAGCUACAAAGAAUCACUAUCAGGAUCUGGUUGUCCGAUAUGGCCUGGAGAUUUUGAGUUACUAUAUAAGUAUGAAACAUAUAAUAACAGCUACAAAGAAUCACUAUCAGGAUCUGGUUGUCCGAUAUGGCCUGGAGAUUUUGAGUUACUAUAUAAGUAUGAAACAUAUAAUAACAGCUACAAAGAAUCACUAUCAGGAUCUGGUUGUCCGAUAUGGCCUGGAGAUUUUGAGUUACUAUAUAAGUAUGAAACAUAUAAUAACAGCUACAAAGAAUCACUAUCAGGAUCUGGUUGUCCGAUAUGGCCUGGAGAUUUUGAGUUACUAUAUAAGUAUGAAACAUAUAAUAACAGCUACAAAGAAUCACUAUCAGGAUCUGGUUGUCCGAUAUGGCCUGGAGAUUUUGAGUUACUAUAUAAGUAUGAAACAUAUAAUAACAGCUACAAAGAAUCACUAUCAGGAUCUGGUUGUCCGAUAUGGCCUGGAGAUUUUGAGUUACUAUAUAAGUAUGAAACAUAUAAUAACAGCUACAAAGAAUCACUAUCAGGAUCUGGUUGUCCGAUAUGGCCUGGAGAUUUUGAGUUACUAUAUAAGUAUGAAACAUAUAAUAACAGCUACAAAGAAUCACUAUCAGGAUCUGGUUGUCCGAUAUGGCCUGGAGAUUUUGAGUUACUAUAUAAGUAUGAAACAUAUAAUAACAGCUACAAAGAAUCACUAUCAGGAUCUGGUUGUCCGAUAUGGCCUGGAGAUUUUGAGUUACUAUAUAAGUAUGAAACAUAUAAUAACAGCUACAAAGAAUCACUAUCAGGAUCUGGUUGUCCGAUAUGGCCUGGAGAUUUUGAGUUACUAUAUAAGUAUGAAACAUAUAAUAACAGCUACAAAGAAUCACUAUCAGGAUCUGGUUGUCCGAUAUGGCCUGGAGAUUUUGAGUUACUAUAUAAGUAUGAAACAUAUAAUAACAGCUACAAAGAAUCACUAUCAGGAUCUGGUUGUCCGAUAUGGCCUGGAGAUUUUGAGUUACUAUAUAAGUAUGAAACAUAUAAUAACAGCUACAAAGAAUCACUAUCAGGAUCUGGUUGUCCGAUAUGGCCUGGAGAUUUUGAGUUACUAUAUAAGUAUGAAACAUAUAAUAACAGCUACAAAGAAUCACUAUCAGGAUCUGGUUGUCCGAUAUGGCCUGGAGAUUUUGAGUUACUAUAUAAGUAUGAAACAUAUAAUAACAGCUACAAAGAAUCACUAUCAGGAUCUGGUUGUCCGAUAUGGCCUGGAGAUUUUGAGUUACUAUAUAAGUAUGAAACAUAUAAUAACAGCUACAAAGAAUCACUAUCAGGAUCUGGUUGUCCGAUAUGGCCUGGAGAUUUUGAGUUACUAUAUAAGUAUGAAACAUAUAAUAACAGCUACAAAGAAUCACUAUCAGGAUCUGGUUGUCCGAUAUGGCCUGGAGAUUUUGAGUUACUAUAUAAGUAUGAAACAUAUAAUAACAGCUACAAAGAAUCACUAUCAGGAUCUGGUUGUCCGAUGUGGCCUGGAGAUUUUGAGUUACUAUAUAAGUAUGAAACAUAUAAUAACAGCUACAAAGAAUCACUAUCAGGAUCUGGUUGUCCGAUGUGGCCUGGAGAUUUUGAGUUACUAUAUAAGUAUGAAACAUAUAAUAACAGCUACAAAGAAUCACUAUCAGGAUCUGGUUGUCCGAUAUGGCCUGGAGAUUUUGAGUUACUAUAUAAGUAUGAAACAUAUAAUAACAGCUACAAAGAAUCACUAUCAGGAUCUGGUUGUCCGAUAUGGCCUGGAGAUUUUGAGUUACUAUAUAAGUAUGAAACAUAUACAGUCAAUCUGGGUAACUUUGAUUCAUCGGGUAACUUUGACAGCGGGACCAUGAACUAG